AUGGCGAGCAAAGGAACGUGGAACGGCAUCAACCUGGCGGAGAAUUACGCCCGCAUGCAGCGUGGCGAGCUCUACACAGCGUUCACGCCGGACUUGACCGCGCUGAGGAGGAAGGCGGCGCAGGCUUGUGCGGCGUACAACCGGGAGGCGACUGAGGUCUCGCGGCGCCAGCAGGUCGAGCUUCUGCGAAAGUGUAUUCCGACACUUCCUGAACUCCCGCCAGCGCAAGAAGGAGAGGACGAGGACGAGGCUUUGAAGGACUUCCCGUGGUUUGAGCCGCCCUUCAAGGUCGACUAUGCCGAGCGCUUUGAGGUUGGUCGCGGCACGUUCGCCAACUUCAACCUCGUCGUCCUCAAUACGUGCAAGGUGACCAUCGGCUCAGGCUGUCUAUUCGGACCCAACGUCGGCUUGUACUCCGCGACGCACCCUAUCGACCCCGCCAUCCGCCAAGGCACCGCAGGACCCGAACUUGGCGGACCCAUCGACAUCGGCGACAAUUGCUGGUUCGGCGGUUCCAUCACGGUCCUCCCGAACGUAAAGAUCGGUACAGGAGUCGUCGUCGGAGCUGGGAGCGUCGUGACCAAGUCCGUCCCGCCCUUCGUCGUCGUCGCCGGUGUGCCCGCGAGGAUCAUCAAGAAAGUCGAGUCGGAAUGGGCGACAGCGUACUUCAAGGAGCACCCGGAGGAGGAGUGGUUCCCGCCGGCGAAGAAGUAG